AUGCCUAAACGGAUUAAUGGUGUACAAUAACAAAUGAACAAUUUUUCGUUUAGGUCCAGAAGCUGUUAUUAUAGCCCUAGAUGUUGACCAAAUCGACGAAGCUAAACAAAGAGGUUUCUUGGCUAGUUGGAAAAAAAAUAAUGGCAAUAAUAGCAAUCAUGGCUAUUGCAAUUGGAAUCUUUAUUGCCGUAGGUCUUAAAAUUUUCUCUACGUCUCAGCCACUGCAUCACCCAACGAUCAUUCCAGAUGAUUUACAAAAUAUAUUAAAUAUUGUUGAAAAUGAAAUGCGAUUGAAUGGGACAACGAUGGAUUUAAGUCUGAUUGAUCUAUCCAACGUCAAAGGAUCCACAUUAGCUGAAUUGAUAAACAUGUUUCCAAAAGUUACGUUUUUCAAUAUGUACAGUUGUAAAUUAACAGGUAAAAUAAUUAGUGAUAUGCUAAAUGAAAUUAAUAAGCAAGGUAUAAUAUUGAAAGAAAAUUUGUUAGGUCUUUGGAGCAAUAAUCUUUCCGAUAUUGAUGGCAAAUCAUUAACUAAGUUAAUUAAUGUACUUAAACAAUUUAGUGACGAUACAUUUUUAAAAUGGAGUGAUUAUAAUCUAGCAUUUGGUAACUUACAAGAUCUUGUAUAUUCAUCCGGUGAUAUAAAGUUUAAAUGGAGUACUGUUGAUUUAAGUGAGACUAACCUUGCCUCAAUCAGUGGAACCACUCUAGCUAAACUGUUUCAAUUAUUUCCAAACUUACAAUUUCUUAAUUUGUAUAGUUGUAAUCUAUCAGGUACUAUUAUUAGUGAUAUGUUAAAUGAAUGUAAUAGGUUGGGUAUAACACUGAAAGAAGAUGUGCUCGGUCUUUGGAAAAAUAACCUCUCCGUCAUCGACGGUGAAACACUUUUUAAUCUAAUUAGUGUACUUAAAAGAUUUGAUAACGAUACCGCUUUGAAAUGGAGUGAUUAUGAUCUAUCAGUUGACAAUCUAAAAGAUCUCCUAUACUCAUCGACUGAAAAUGCAAAUUUCAAAUGGAAUAACGUAGAUUUAAGCCUUGUUAAUCUUGCCUCUAUUAGUGGAAUCACACUAGCUAAGAUAUUUCAACUAUUUCCACACUUGGAAUUUCUGAAUAUGCAUAGUUGUAAUCUAUCAGGUAUUAUUAUUAGUGAUAUGUUAAAUGAAUGUAAUAAGUUGAGUAUAACACUAAAAGAAGAUGCGCUCGGUCUUUGGAGCAAUAAUCUUUCCGAUAUUGAUGGCGAGUCACUUGCUGAAUUACUUAAUGUACUUAAACGAUUUGAUAAAGACACCGCUUUAAAAUGGAGUGAUUAUAAUUUAUCGCUUGGUAACCUACAAGAUCUUUUGAAUUCAUCUAGUAAAACUUACAAAUUUAAAUGGAAAAAUUUUGAUUUAAGUGAGAUAAAUCUUUUUUCAAUCAGUGGAGCUACACUAGCUAAGAUAUUUCAACUAUUUCCAAAAUUGGAAUUUCUUAACAUGUAUAACUGUAGACUAUCAGGAACUGUCAUUAGUGAUAUGAUAAAUGAAUGUUAUAAGUUGGAUAUAGUAUUGAAACAAGAUUUAAUCGGUCUUUGGAGUAAUAAUCUUUCUGAUAUUAGUGGUGAAUCAUUAACUAUGUUACUUAAUGUACUCAAACGAUUUGAUAAUGACACUGCUUUAAAAUGGAGUGAUUAUAAUCUAACAGUAUCUAACCUACGGGAUCUUUUGAAUUCAUCAGGUGAAAAUGGUAGUAGAUUUAACUGGAGAAGGAUUGAUUUAAGUAAUAUUAACCUGUCUUCUAUUAAUGGAACUACACUGGGUAUUCUGUUUAAAAUCUUUCCAGACAUGUACUAUCUUGACAUGAGAAAUUGCAAUCUAACAGACAUGAUUAUCGAUGAUAUGCUGAAAGAAUGUGACAGGCAGGGUAUAGUACUAAAAGGAAAAACAAUAAAUAUUAUACACAAUUGCUUGCCUAAUCAUUAUCAGGAAUCACUUGCUACUAUUAUAACCUAGGUUGAGAAGUUAAAAACAAAGACCCGAAAUUCACAAAAUUGAUUGGACUGUUUUUAACAUAAGACCUCAUAAUUUGAAUAGCUUUGACACAGAACCAGCCACAGCAUCACUUGCGCUGUUUGUUUUGGCAGUGUCAAGUAAGAGUUAUCCAGUAUCUAUGUGCUCUCUGUUGACGAUGGUCCUAAAAUUAAGCCUAGGUAAGAAACCAUGCCAAGCAAUUGGUGAUCAAGUGAUCUCUUCAAACUCAACAUUAAAUAUUAAAUUUCCAUGCUUAAAUUAAAGAUAGUCUGUACAGCGGCAAAAAUGUAGAAAAUCCAAAACAAAAAUCAAUUGCUUAAUAUUUGAAGAAAUAAAAAUAAAAAUCUAGUCGUUAACUUACAAGCAAAAAAAAAAAAAAAAAAAAAAAAAAAAAAAAAAAAAAA